ACGAAAAAGACAGACCCUUGAAGAGCAGGAGCGACAACAGAGGACAUUGGCGGUGUGGUGAAGGCGGCAAAACAUCUGGAGACAAUGUCCGAUGUCAAGAACUGAAAAUAAAGAGGAGAAGGAGCAAAUUCCACGGCAGCCUGUCCAACCACUCGCCCAGCUGACACAAACCGGUGGCAAGCACGGACGCGCACACCCACGGUUCUGCGCGCACCAACUUGAAGCUGCAACAUGUUUGAGGAGCAGGUGACAAAGGUCAAGAUCACAUCUGUGGUGAUCGUCGUCGGCAUGUCUGCGAUGCUGGCGGCAGUGGUGACAGAUCACUGGGCCGUCCUGAGUCCCAGGGUGGAGAAACUCAACGCCACAUGUGAGGCGGCCCACUUUGGCCUCUGGAGGCUUUGCAAGAAGACCAUCUUCAUGAUGAAGGAAGACCCUCAGGGCAAAGGAUGUGGCCCCAUCAGCUUACCUGGAGCAAAAAACUGCUCCUACUUCAAACACUUCACAUCGGGAGAAGAAGCUGAGGUUUUUGAAGUGAAGACCCAAAAAGAGUACAAUAUCUCCGCUGCAGCCAUUGCUAUCUUCAGUCUGUUCUUCAUGAUUCUGGGCACUCUGUGUGUGAUCUUUUCUUUUGGAAAAGGACGAGACUACCUGCUCCGACCUGCCGGGAUGUUCUUUGCCUUUGCAGGCCUUUGCAUUAUCAUUUCCGUUGAAGUGAUGCGCCAGUCUGUCAAGCGAAUGAUCGAUAGCGAUGAGACCAUCUGGAUUGAAUACUAUUACUCCUGGUCCUUUACCUGUGCCUGCGCCUCCUUCACCCUCCUCAUCCUCAGUGGAGCUGCCCUUCUUCUUAUCUCAAUGCCCCACAUGCCUCGUAACCCCUGGGAAACCUGCAUGGACGCUGAGCCAGACACCUUGGAUUAGCCAUGGAUGAUUUUGCUGGAAUCAAUUGUAAACAGAGAUUAAAAAAUGAUGGUAGUGUAUCGUUUAACCCUUUAAUUAUGUAUAGCUCAAGUGAAAGACAUUAAGUUCGCUUAACAUGAGAAUUAACUUUUUUAUCUCUUCCUUUUUUUCUCUUUUUCAAAUAUUCCAAAAUUUAAUCUCCAUGGGGUUUGAAUUUAAAUUCAGAGUUUUGUAUCAUCAAUAUUUAUAGACUUUCAUUUUGACAGUGCUUUCCAAAAGUCUUCUGACCCAUUGAUCUGUCUGAUAUCUUGUUGUUUAAAAUUCACAAAUUUAGUCUAUUUUGGGGGGUUCCAUGAAAUAACACCAACGCAAUGUAGCCGUUCUUUGAACUGUUAAAUGUUGGCUACCAUUUAAAAUAUACUGCAAAUCACCCUGAACUCACCAUGUCCAGCAUGAAACAUGGUGGUGCCAGCAUCAUGAUGUGGGGAUGCUUUUCUUCUGCAAGAACAAACAGCUCCUCAUCCUGAAAGAUGAAUGGAGUUAAAUUCAGAACCAUUCUGGAAGAAAACCUGUUAGGAGCUGCAAAACGUUGAAAUAGGUUGACAGUCCAGUUCUUCCAGUAGAACAAUAACCCUUAAUAAUAUAUCAUAUUUAUAUGUGUGAAUGCUCGUGACCUAAAUUUAGUUGUGUCAUUGGAAAAACCAGUUUGACUGUGGUUGAAAUUACUGAAGUUAUUUUGUGUCAGUCAUUUUCAUAAAAUCCCCCCAGAACACUUAAAGUGUGUGGAUGUAAUGUGAGUUAAUGCAAAAACGAUCACAGAGUGUGAGUACUUUUGUAAGGCACCGUAUUUUCAACAUAGGCAUUUUUACCAAACUGUUCUAAAAUUAUACCUUUAAGUUUCAGUUAAGGCUGUAAAAUGCUAUCGCUAUGAUAUGUAGUAUAGGAAAAUUAAACUGUUUUGUUUGUCCUUCAACUGCAAAUGACGCUUCAGUUCACCUGCAAAUAAUACUGUCACCGUUAGUUAAAGACCUCAUUUAGACAAACUCCUUUUAUCCAGUUGUUUCACGUGUUGUUAGUCACCUGUGCCUAAUGUGUUUCCAUGAGUCGGUGUGGCCCAGCAGACAUUCAGCUAAUGCAGGUGCAAUGAAAUUAAAGACCCCUAAAGGAUGCCAUUUCACAGGGAAAAAAAAAUCCAUUUUACCGCUGUAAUCAGAACAAACCUGUUAUCAUAGUUAACACAGUGGGACAUCAUUACAUGGACUAUGAAAAACAAAACAAUUAAGGCACACUGUGCAUGUCUCUUCUCCGCAUAUCUAAUAAAUCUAUUUCAGUAAAUAGAUUUAUUAGAGUUAAAGUAGAUCUCUAUGUGUUAAUUUCAUCUAGUAAGAAUAUGAGUGGCUACAACUGAGUGGUGAUGUAAAACAAAAUCAUGUUUUUUAUCUGACGUUUCAUGACAGCAGGUCUAAUGUAAUGUUAUUCAUGUAUAAUUUGUAUUAUCAUUUUUACACAAUAUUAAUAUUUGUCUUUUUCACAAGAAUAAAUUAAAAUAUUUAA